CGUCAUAAUAAUGAAUGAAUGUGUUCGAUAAACUUAUUGAUUUAUAGUGUUGCUAAGUACGAGCGGUGCGACGUAUAUACGUCACGCGCGAUGUGAUCCGUCGGAAACGACGGAACGGUGUCGGACGGCGACCGAUAUUUUUUAGCCACCGGAAACAUAUGAUGUUCAGCCGUAAAGUCACGCGCGCAUACAAGACAACCCGAUCGAUCGUGCACCGACAAUGGUAUAACCGGUUACCACCGCAGUUCUACCGAAACGAUUGUUGCGUAAACGCGGGCAAACAUUUUUUUACGACGGUCACCGCAGUGCGACGUAAGACGUCGGCGCAACAAGUACGAUCGUUUCUUAGGCGAGAGCCCGGCGACGAUGGCUGCCCGUCUGAUAGCAGCGGCGGCGGUAUUCGCAGCAUGCGUGGCCGCGUCCACCGGCGCCCGGGUGCUAGCCGUGUUCCCGUACAACGGCCACAGCCACUUCGCCAUGGUCGAGCCGCUGGUGGUCGCGCUGUCCGAGCGCGGCCACGACGUGACGGUCGUCAGCCCGUUCCCCAGACGACGCGACGAAGGAGGAGCAACGGCGGCGGUGAUCAACAGCAGCAGCAACGGCGGCCGUUACGUGGACGUGGACGUGUCGGACGCGUUGCCGCCGGCCAUCAGCCAGAUGGACGUGGCCGAGUUCGACGGGUUCUCCAACCCGGUGACCGGGCUCCGGGACCUGUGCCUGAUGAACCACCGAGUGUGCGAGGCCACGUACGACCAUGCGCGGGUGCGGGCGCUGAUCCGAGGGCCCGACGCGUUCGACGUGGUGCUGGUCGAGGCGUUCUCCACGGACUGCUUCGCCGCGCUGGCGCACGUGUACGACGCGCCGCUGGUGUCCGUCCGCACGGCCGACCACUCGCCGCAGCUCAACGGGCACGUGGCCAACCCGCAGAACCCCGCGUACCUGGUCAACCACUUGCUCGCCUACGGCGGCCGCACCAUGACGUUCGGCCAGCGGCUGGUCAACGCGCUGGCCACGCACUUCGGCACGGCUGGCUACCACGCGUUCACCGACGGCCCGUCUACCGAACUGGUCAGGCGGCACUUCGGUGCCCACAUGCCGCCCGUGCCGGACAUCGUGCGCCGGCGCACCGCUCUCGUGCUGGUCAACGGCCACCACAGUCUCACCCAGCCCAGGCCGUUGGUCAACAACGUCGUCGAGGUGGGCGGCCUACACAUCGGCCGUCCCGAGGAGAACGCGGCCAACGAAUGGACGGAUUACUGCGAUUCGUGUGACCAAGGCGUCGUGUACGUGUCAUUCGGCUCGUUGCUGAAAGCGGCCUCGUUCCCGGAACACUUCACCGCGUCGUUGGUGCGAGCCUUCGAAGCGCUGCCGUACUGUGUGCUAUGGAAGUAUGAGGGCGAGAUGAACUCAAAACGCAUCAAAGUGUCCAAAUGGAUGCCUCAACAACAGAUCUUAAAUCACAGGAACGUCAAAGCGUUCAUAACCCACGGCGGUCUGAUGGGUGUCAUGGAAGCCGUGCACUUUGGAGUGCCGAUGAUCGGUAUACCGGUGUUCGGCGAUCAACAAUCCAACAUCGCUAACUGUGUUGAAAAAGGCGUGGCCGUCGGACUGGACUAUCGGCGAAUAACAGCGCAAAAACUGAUCAUCGGUUUACGGACCAUAAUAACAGACACAAGAUACCGGUUAAGGGCAAUGGAGUUAUCGGCUUCAUUCAGGGACAGACCCAUGAGCGCACUGGAAACGGCUGUUUUUUGGACGGAAUUCGUAAUAAGACAUGGAAAUAAUACCAAUACUGCAUCCCCGGCAAUACAUUUAGAUUUUUAUCAAUAUUUUUUGUUAGACGUUAUCGGUGUUAUGAUAUUGAGUGUUUUAUUUUUAUUUUACUUGGUGUUUCAAAUAAAAUAUAUUAUACGAUUGUUAAUAUUUUAACACAUAUGGA